UCGGGGCUGCCGAGAACCCAUCAAUAGGAUGUCGGCGCUUUGGAAUGACGUGGCGCUAUGAAUCCGGAAAUAGGAUUGAGCACCAUGAAAAUAUACAGCUUGGGGCUUCUAUUGUCUUUCAUCGGCUUUGCAUUUUCUGCAGACCUAUCCUCACAAGAGAGGAAUGACAGGCCAAUAGUGGGUAUCUUGGCCCAGGAAUACGCCAAACCCAGGCCUUCCCGACUUUCGUAUAUCGCUGCAUCAUAUGUAAAAUUUCUGGAGUCGGCUGGUGCAAGAGUCGUACCUGUGAAGCUAAAUCAGACAAAGGAGGAAUAUGAAACCCUUUUUAACUCCAUCAAUGGAGUACUAUUUCCUGGAGGUGCAGUCAGCCUCAAUGCUUCAGGGUACGCCAAAGCUGCAAAAGUAUUCUAUGAUCUUGCUAUAAAGGCAAAUUCCAAAGGUGACUAUUUCCCAGUUUGGGGAACGUGUUUAGGGUUUGAGGAGCUGGUGUAUCUGACCUUUGGGAAGUGGUGCCUGUCUUCAACCAACACGACUGCUGUUGCACUUCCUUUGAAUUUCACCAAAGAGGCCACACUGAGCAGGCUGUUCAAGAACUUUCCAGAGGAUGUCCUCCGUGCUUUUUCCACAGAACCCAUAACCGAAAAUUCUCAUAAAUGGAGUCUGACUCUUAAGACUUUCAACAGGAGUAAAUCACUGAAGAACUUCUACAGUGUUUUGAGCACUAAUAAUGACGGGAAAGUGGAGUUUGUGUCGACCAUAGAGGCAAAGGAUUACCCGAUUUACGGGACUCAGUGGCAUCCCGAGAAGAACGCCUUCGAGUGGACGAGACCUUACAUCCCGCACUCGCCUUCGGCCGUGAAGGCAGCCUUUUUCAUGGCUGACUUUUUUGUGAACGAAGCCAGAAAGAACUUUCAUCGAUUUGCAAAUGCCAAAGACGAAUCGCAGGCCCUCAUCUAUAACUACAAACCAGUCUACACGAGUAGGUGGUCUAAAACUUCUGCAUUUGAACAGAUAUAUUUUUUUUAAUUGGAGGAUUGUGCUGAAACUCGGGGAAAGAAUGAUUCAGGUUUAAAAUUCUGGUACCAGUAUAAGUUGAUAUUUUAAAAAUGUGAAUGUUAUUAAAAUACACAUUAUAUUUUCUUUGUCAUGCUUUAUAGGGGCUUAUACACACACUAAUUUGUAGCUAUUGAUCAGUUAAUGACUGAUCCCCGCGCUUGUUCUUGGUGACAACGUUCCACCUGUGUUCUGAACACUCAGCAUUCUGGGCCCAAACCUGGCAGGGCAAGCAUCACACAUCUGCCUGGAAAUUUAGGGCACAGUGUUCCUAUGUUUGCUUAGAACCCCAUUUAUUUUGCUCAUGAUAACAGGUGUGCUGUGUUUUUCUGUAAUGAAUAAAUAAAGGUGGCCUGGGCAAUUAUAAAAGUUUUAUUGCACAAGCGGCAGCGCAUAUAAACGAUUUGUUAGUAUGUGGUUUGAUUGACAAGCAAUCUGAACUUUGCAACCAGCACUUUAGUUCUUGACAAUGAACUGAAAAUGACAGCUUUUUAACUCUGCAUGUACGUGAUUAAUAAAAAAUAUGUUCUCAUAAAAA